ACAUUCCAAAGACCCAACACAACACAAAACACGAAACACAAACACAACACAACACACAUCCCAAUUGCAAGGUACAAGCAAAGUCCAACAACACACGAAUCAAAUCAGACACACGACACAACACAAACUCACUCUCCGUUAUCCAAACAAAGCCACUCUCUACUCUGUUCUGUUCUGUUUCCCACCACACCCCAAAUGGAUUGCUGGUCAUCUCCUCUACCUCUUCAUGAUGAAUUCGAGAAGCUUGUCAUUCGAAUGAACCCUCCCAGAGUUGCUGUGGAUAACGUUUCGAGCAGGACAGACACUGUGAUAAAGGUUGAUAGCGCAAACAGACGCGGGAGUUUGCUGGAGGUGGUUCAGGUUCUCACUGACAUGAAUCUCAGUGUUAGAAGAGCUUACAUUUCCUCUGAUGGAGAAUGGUUCAUGGAUGUUUUUCAUGUCACUGAUCAGAAUGGGAAAAAGUUUGUGCAAGAUGAUGUAGCCGACCGUAUUCAACAGUCGCUGGGUCCAAGAGCCUCCAGUUUCCGAUCCUUGAGAAGAUCUGUUGGGGUUCAAGCUGAAGCAGAACAUACAACCAUUGAAUUAACCGGAAGAGACAGGCCAGGGUUGCUUUCGGAAGUUUUUGCUGUUCUUGCAGACCUCAAAUGCAAUGUGGUAGCAGCAGAAGUCUGGACACACAAUUCAAGAAUGGCAUCUGUUGUUUACAUCACAGAUGAGGAGACAGGAUUGUCCAUCGACAACCCGGAUCGCCUUGCUAAGAUUAAGCAGCUUCUACUGUAUGUGCUGAAAGGAGACAUAGAUAAGAAGAGUGCCAACACUGCUGUUUCUGUUGGUUCUACUCACAAGGAUAGGAGGCUGCAUCAGUUGAUGUAUGCCGACCGUGAUUAUGACAUAGACGAUGGAGAUUCUGGAUCAACAAGUGACAGGAACAAGCUCCUUGUUACUGUUGAUGAUUGCAUAGAUAAGGGAUAUACUGUUGUGAACUUGAGGUGUCCUGAUAGACCUAAGUUACUGUUUGACACGGUAUGCACCCUCACAGACAUGCAGUAUGUUGUGUACCAUGGAACUGUCAUUGCCGAAGGACCAGAGGCAUAUCAGGAAUAUUAUAUAAGGCAUGUGGAUGGUUGUCCUAUCAGUUCUGAAGCAGAAAGACAAAGAGUGAUUCAUUGUUUGGAGGCCGCUAUUAGGAGACGAACUUCUGAGGGUAUAAAGCUAGAACUUUGUGGGGAGGACAGGGUUGGGCUUCUGUCUGAUGUAACCCGCAUCUUUAGAGAAAAUGGCCUUUCAGUCAACCGUGCUGAAGUUACAACCAGGGGCACUCAAGCUGUGAAUGUUUUCUAUGUGACUGAUGUGACUGGAAAUCCAGUUAAGAGUGAAACAAUUGAAGCAGUUCGAAAAGAGAUUGGUUUGGCCAUACUGCAGGUCAAAGAUGAUGUCUGCUCAAAACCUCAACCCCAUGAGAGAGGAAAAUUCUCUCUGUCUGGUCUCUUUCGAUCAAGCUCUGAGAAGUUUCUUUACAACUUGGGUCUAAUGAAGUCUUAUUCUUGAACCUACCGUAUUUCAAGAAAUUAGGAGAUAUAUGCAAUGUUCUAAAUUGUAAACAGUAGCUUAGUUUAGCCUAGAUAGACUGCUUUUAAUCCCAUUGCAAUGCUUUUGUGGUAGAUUUUUCUACAUUUGGUGAAAGUUGUAAUUAGAUGUCAGAUUGUAGAGUUCAAUCUCGACAUGUUUCUAAGUGAAUUGUAUAUUAAUAUGUCUUUUAUAUUAAUUUCUGAGAACGAAAUUAGAUUUCAUAGGGUUUUGGUUCA